AUGGCCACACCGCUCCUUUUCGUUCGGGCAUUAUAUGACUUUAGCUCAAGCGACCCAACUGCAUUGACAUUUAACAAGGAUGAUAUAAUACAAGUAUUAUCGCAGUCUGAUAAUGGAUGGUGGGAAGGACUACAUAAUGGAAUGCAGGGGGGUUUCCCGAGUAGAUUUGUGGCAGUUGUUAGUGACAUUGAGUCUUAUUCAUCCUCUGUCAACUACCCUCGCUCGAAUGCUCGUUGUCCACCUUAUCCGGGCCGCCCAUCGCAUCACAUAAGUCAUUCGUCGAUUUCCUCUACCGACAUACCUCUUCCACCAACCUUUGGUCGUCAACGGGGUGAUGGGCCGAGCUACCUAGACUAUGAUUAUCACCCAUCAGAGAUAGUAUUCUCCUUUGAAGGAUCUGUAAAGGGUGCUUCAUUAAACGCUCUCAUAGAAUUACUCACCGUUCACGAUGUACACGAUUCAAACAUCACAUUGACAUUCUUGUUAACAUAUAGAACGUUUACGACAACGAAAGAGUUUCUUGAACUUCUAAUGAAAAGGUUUAUGAUUUCCUCCCCUUACGGACUGACUGCUGAAGAGUUGGAAGUGUGGCAGGAGAAGAAGCAGACGCCGAUUAGGUUGAGAGUAUUUAAUAUAAUGAAGACAUGGUUGGGGCAUCAUUAUCGCGAUUCGGAAGAUUUAGAAUGCCUUGCGCAGUUGCAAGAUUUUGUUAGGAACGUUAUGCUUACUCAUAUGAAAGUUGCUGGGAACUGUCUCUUGCAGAUGAUCGAGAGGAAGCAAAAGCAACCAAAAGAUAACUUUAAGGAUUUGGUUCCAAACGAUUCUAUUCAACCUCCACCUCCGAUAUUGCCCAGAAAGAUGAAGAACUUGGAGUUUCUCGAGAUUGAACCAAUUGAACUAGCGAGACAAUUGACCCUCAUUGAUAGCCAUUUUUUCGGUCAAAUUGGAUCUUAUGAAUGGAUGCGGCGAGUUUGGCAGAAGAAUGAUGAUUCAAGAAGUAUUAGCGUUAUGAUUAAUUUUAGCAACCAGAUUGCAUUCUGGACAGUAGGAUCAAUUCUACAGCAGCAAGAACCCAAGGUUCGCGGUAACUGGAUAAAACAUUACAUAGCUGUUGCGGAUGCAUGCUGGCAGUUGAACAAUUUGAAUUCGAUGGCUGCUAUUGUAAUGGCCUUAAAUUCAGCUCCUAUUCAUCGCUUGAAAAAGACUUGGGAACAUGUCAAUAGCAAGUCAGUACAAACAUUGGAGAAAUUGACGCAAAGUGUGGCACCAUCAAGGAACUUUGUGAGAUAUCGGGAAAAGUUGCACAGCGUCAAUCCGCCUGUUGUGCCAUUCUUAGCUGUCCAUCUUACGGAUUUGGACUUUAUUGCUGGUAGUAGCCCAGAUUUGCUUAAAAAGACCAAUCUGAUCAACUUUUCCAAACGUGUGAAAGUAGCCGAGAUAGUUCGGCAGAUGACGUCGUAUCAAAAUGUUACUUACCGGCUGAAUCGCGUUCCUUCAAUCGAAACGUUUAUAAGGGAUCAGAUAUCGUCACAGAAGAAUAUAACCGACUUAUAUGAGGUUAGUCUGCGUGUUGAGGCAUUGGAUACAUGA